UGCUGCAUGACUCAUAGGGAGAGGACAAGUUGCUUCACUACACUUCUCCUUUUUCUGUUUCAAACAGCAGCCAUUGCAUUGUCUUUUUUUAUUUUCUUCCUCUCCAGUUUGUUUUGUCGCUGUGAGAAAGACGUGUGCAGCUGGCCAGCGGUUCACACCUGCAGACAGCCUUGUCCCCCUUUGAACGCACCUUGGAUUAUUCCAUGUUUCGCCUUUUUGUUGUUUGUUUUUGCGCUUCAUUUUCACUGGUUACCAAGAUCGACACUUGUUCGGGUUCUAUUAUGGACCUUGUCACCCGAAUCCUGUGUCUUUGAGGUGUAGAUGCUCCAGGCGCAGCGGGACCCAGCCUCCGUGUCAGAGAGGGACGAGGCUGCUCCCACCUGGGCCACAGCACUCCUCUGAAAGUCGGCUCGUGGUCUCUGUCUCGUUGCACUAACUGCCCAGGUCAGAGUAAACGAGGAGGAGGACAGCGAAGCCAUUUUGAGAGCUGAAGCUGAGUCUCUGUCCGUACAGAGAAGGAGCCGGAGUAGUCAUAGGCGGGGUAUAUUUUAGGCUGCUCUCUGCCCUCUGAACUCCACCGCCAUGACGACUGCAGUGCAGCCCAGUGAACUGGUGUUUGAAUUCGCUAGCAACGGGAUGGACGAAAUCAAUCAGCUGGACGACCCGUCAGUAUUCCCAGCGGUGAUUGUUGAGCAGGUGCCUGCGGCCGACCUGCUGCAGGUCUACUCUGGCCUGGAGUCGGAUGAGGUGCCCAAUGGCAUCAUGGUGGACAACACGCUCCAUGUGGUGGAGGAAUCGUCCAUCUUGGUGGGAGGGGUGGACCUCUCAGAAACAACAGUCUCAGGUGCAGAGGACAGCAUGGAGACAAAUGAAGCUGCAGCAGCUCUUCUCAACAUGGAGUCUCCGAAUAACAUUUUGGAUGAGAAGCGUAUGAUUCACACCUAUGGCACUCUGCUGGAGUCAGACCUGACAUACGCCCCACUGAGGCCUGACCAGAUGGACAGUGGUGCCCUUGAUGUGUCCCUAGAUGAGGACACUUCGUCCAUGGAUGAGAUUCCCCAAAAGUGUCCCUUAAAACCUCAGAAAAAAAACAAAGUGCGGAAGCCACGGGCGGUGCGUCCCUGCUCCCCUAUCACCACCCCUAACCUGCCACUCAGGAAGAAGAGCAAAGAGGGCAAAGGCAACACCAUCUACCUGUGGGAAUUCCUUCUGGCUCUACUGCAGGAUAAAAACACCUGUCCCAAGUACAUCAAGUGGACACAGCGGGAGAAAGGCAUCUUUAAACUAGUGGACUCCAAAGCUGUUUCAAAGCUGUGGGGGAAACACAAGAACAAGCCUGACAUGAACUAUGAGACCAUGGGAAGAGCUCUUAGGUACUAUUAUCAAAGAGGCAUCUUGGCUAAAGUGGAGGGGCAGCGACUGGUAUACCAGUUUAAGGAGAUGCCGGCUGAUCUGGUGGUGAUCGAGGAUGAAGACCCAGGCUCUGAUGCCAAUGCCGGCUACGGUAGCCAGAGAUCUACCAAUGGGAGGUCUAUGGUCCGAGGAGGGUCCAAAGGGCACGGGAGGGCCCAUGGUCAUCACCAAGUCUCAGUGAAGCAGAUGAAGAAGGAGCCUAAUGAUGAAUGUCUGUCCCAGGAAGGUAUUUGUGGACACGCCGGGCAUCUCCUUCAAUCUGUCCAUGUGUUGCAAGCAAAUCAAGGGUUAGGUGUCCAAGAUCCAUCACAAGCUAUGAGGACCAUCGGUGCUCCUGCAUCAGUUCCUAUUGUCUUGGCCUCUUCCGGCUCGCUUCAGUCUGUUCCCCUCACCACUGUUCUGGCCAAUGGGAACUCCAGCCACUCUCCCCCGCCUCAGGUUAUUCUCCACACCAUGCCCUCCACCACAGCAGGUGGUAAAGAUGUGCUCACCAUCCAAACAGCCUCUCUAGCAGGUGGAGCCAACAGCCUGCAGGACAGCCUUCCACAGCAGCUCCUGGUCUCUGGUCUGGGCUCCUCCGCUGUCUCCUCCUCCACCUCCUCCUCGUGCACUUCCCCUCCAGGAGUCAUUAGUUCCAUCGCUUCCAACCUCAACGGUCUCCCCCGCCUGGUGGCCAUCAACACAACCUGCGGACAGACCAUGGUGGCACAGCAGCCCGGCACCGUAAUUGCCACUGUGCUCAAAUCCAGCGAUCUCUCGGGGCUGCAGGUCAAAGAGGAGAUGCUGGACCCAAGCUACUUCCAGUCGAUAGUGAACGGUGAUCCAUCACUGGUGGCACAUACGUUUGAGAAAGAAGAGAUGGAGGUAGGGGAGGCAGAGCUGCAGUAUAGAACUGUGGUCAUUGAUACCAGUCAAAUCCAGGGCCAGGAGGCUGCAAGCGAAACUAUAUUUAAUGGACAUUCCUCCCAGAGUAGCAGCCCUAGUGAGGGCCUGACCCCUGUGGAGGAGCUCGAAGUGCGUGGGGAGAUGUCCCUGCAGCCUGAGCAGGGAAUCAAAGGCCUACAGGAGCUGCCACUGUCUGUCCACCUGCCUGCAAACUUCAUCCAGAUAAAGACAGAGCCUGCAGAGGCUUAGCGCUGCAGGACUCUUGCAAACAAGCUGAACCAAAAACAACAAAUAAAUCCAUUUUGACCAUAGCCUUAAUGUUUUCUUUUCCAACCGCAGUGAUCUGAUCAGAGAUCAGAAGCGAGGGAUCUUGCAGCGUUUUGCUCUUAAACGUUGGUCAGUCCGGCCUCAGGAUUUAUUGUUUACUCACAUAUUUUGUGACCAUGUGCCUAAUUUUAAAAAUCAAGGUAUAGUGUUUAGUUUUUUUCUAAGAGGACACUUUUCAGAUUUGGGAUUAUAAUCUUUAGACAUAAACCCCAACACACACAGAUACAGAUACACUCAAACAAAGACAUAUAAAAACACACACAUGCACACAAAACAAAUCCUCCUCUUGGACAACAGCCAUUGGAUAAACCAGGGAUUCCGUCUACCAAAUGUGCCAGUUAGUAAUUUUCUUACUUUACAUCUCACUGGACUUGUAUGUUUAAAGAGGAGAAUGCAACAAGCCAAAACUGGGGACUGAAUGCCAAAUGGUGCAAUGAAAUCAAACCUCUGAGAGCAUACAGAGUAAAUGUGCUUAUUUUUUAAACCACAUUCAAGUUUCUGUUCCCGUGGAUGACGGGUGGAAGCUGUGUCACGGUGUCCAAUCCGGUGAACACACAUCUCAGAGUUUAAUUGAAGAGUGCCUUACAGGAAGUUCAAGCAGCUCAAGACUCCUUGUUGGAAGCGUCGGGGAUAAAAGAUGAAAAACGGACUAAAUGGCUUAUCAGACUUUCAGACUUUUAAGAACUUACUUACUCAUUUAUUUUCAUAUAAACAAAAAGGUAUGCAAUUGCUCUCCAUUACUCCUGGCCUUACAACACUGUGUUACUAUGGAAAUGGGCAUUUUCUGUCCUCCAAGGACAGUCCAACAUCAGAACUAUUUGUAUAGAGCUGCAGACAGGGGGCACAGCAAAAUUGAGAGGCAGAAAUGGAGAGAAAGAAAAUACAGGAAAAUACAGAUUAUAUUAUAUCAGCCUCUGCUGAGGCUCCAAGGUUUAAAUCCUGCUUAUAUGAAAUGGAAUAUAUAUAUAUAUCUAUAUAUAUAUAUAUAUAUGUGUGUGUGUGUGUGUAUGUAUGUGUACACACACACACACACACACACAUUAUAUACAUAUACAUAUACAAUUGAGAUUCAAUUUUAAGGCCACAGUGAAUUUAUUUAUUUUGUGAAUUUCUAAAUUCUGUAUAAAAAAGGCACAUUUAUCUUCUAUUUACAUGUGUAGACAUGAGGGAAAAUACAAAGAAUAUCAAUGUUAAUACCAGGAAGCUUAUUUGGCAGUUUUUUGUAAGACCGGCAUUUUUCAUUUGUAUAGCCUUCCGUAUAUUCAGCUUUUCUGUUUUCAUGAGUUUUGGACUCGAGUGCUCAGUGCAGCAUCAUUAUCCCAUUGCUAUAUUCUCUUAUUGUAGAUAGCCUCUGUUGUGUGUGUGAUAUGAACAUGUACUGAAUGUGCAUUUGAUUUCCCCUUUUCAGCGGACAUACCUCUUUACCUUUUUCAACAGUCAAGCAGUUGAGGCUAUACAUUCACAAAUAUUAUGCUCUGUGUAAUUCAUCAAUUGUCAGAUAUAUCAAUCAAUGUUUCUUUGAAAUAAUAUCUGAAGUUCCUUUAGUUAUUUGGUACAAAGACAUACCACUGCUCUUUUUUUUUCUCAUUUCAUUUCAUCUCUUCUCUUCCUCUCCUCACCUCUCACUUCAUCUCCUCUCGUCAUGUCUCUUCUCUCCUCUCUCGUCUUGUCUCGUCUCCUUUCGCCUUGUCUCAUCUCCUCUCACCUUGUCUCCUCUUCUCUCUUCACUCCUCCUCCUCCUCUCUUGCUCUUGGGUCUGUCGAGUCUGUGCCUUCUUUGUUUGGUGUCCCACUUUGUUAAGGACCUCCCUAGCCAGCCAUCUGACCGGCCCCGCAGCCCUGCUGGGGAUGAAGCCAUAUUGAUCUUAAGUGGUAUCACAGCUAAAUUGGUUGUAUUUUCCAUCCCAGACUGUAGCCGCAGAGUGAGGAUGUUCAGACAUACUGACCUCCACCUGCACUGGCACCUAAGGAGUUAAAAGCUGCUUCAAAACCCCACAUCAGCCAAAGGGCUCUGAGUCUGCAAAGACACUCUGAAUGUAUACUUAUUUUUUGACAAUCAGUAAUUACACUGGGUUACAUUUGCAUAGAAAUCUGUCAGUCUUUGAGUGGGGAUUUGCUGCUUUUUUUUUUUUUUUUUCUUUGUGUAUAUUCUUGUAUCUGCACUGCUUUUUCCUUAAAGCACUGCUGUCUGUGAGAUGUUGAGGUAUGUCCACCGCUUACGUUUUGUUGCUUCUUUUGUCUUGGGUUGUCAAUGGCCUUCCUUAUGCCGAAUAUAGAAUAGAUUUUUAAGAAAAAGUCAAUGUACUAAUUAAAAACAAAAUCUUAUUCAAUGAAUACCCUCUUUAUUUUUUGUUUUGUAGUAGAUAAUGUGGUUUUGAAAUUGCGAGAGGCACAGAUAAAAUGUCACGCCAGACAUUUGCGAAAAAUUAAACAGUCAAUUUAAAUAGAAAGACGUUAAUUCAAUUUUCUGCUGUCACAAGAAUGAAACUGAAGCAUGUCUGCCUUGAAAACUCAGAGUCUUUUUAUAUUGUUGGGCUGUCGCAGCUUUGGGGGACAUUCGACCACAUGGCAUUUGAAGAGAGAGAGAAAAAGUAGGAAACUGGAAUGGAGCCAUUAUCAGGCCAGAGACUGAUUGGACUGUACUUAAGAGCACUGCUUCUCCAGUUGCUGUGGGCAGAUGAAUAGAUUAGCAUGUGACAUGCCCAGAGCUGAAGACAGCUGAGUCUGUCACCACAGCUUGCUGGGAGACAAGAGUACGUGUGUAUGUUUAGGCUAUGGUUGGCAAGUGGAAGGGUUAGGCUGACUUGGAUUGAUUCUGUUAGAGCAUUUGUUAUGUUGAUGUGUUUGUUUGUGUGUGU